UGUCCCGUACUCAACAGCUUACAUUAACACAUUACCCUAAAGCAGGAUCAAAUUUCGACACGCACUCCAGACCAGGCACAAAGUGUUCCGUCAACAAUCUAAUCAACGGCCACCAGUUCGUGCGUGCCUGCACACUCACCUCAUCGGAAGCAAUCUAGCACGGUGGGCCACAAAAAGAUUAAAAAACACAUCCACUAUUUACGCAACAAAACGAAUUCCCGGAAAGGUAGAACCUCGAACUCGGGAUCAUCGAACAAGAUAAGUUACUGCCGCCGAUCUUAACGCCUCCCGAACGAAUCGGUCAACUUCAAAGCACGGCGCUACAGCAGCACGCCCGACGCAACAUAUGGUUCGGGAGAGAUCAAUUCCCAGGGAACGCUGUGUUAUAUUCUCGCGACCAUUUUUGGGCAAUAAUUAUGCCACUUAGCGUUGAUUAGCAGCCGCUUGUAAGCGGGCAUUCGGUUGCCCGGGGAAGACUCCGUGUGUGGCGCUUGCUUGUUGGUCGUCGCUCCGGCAUCGCCAGGAAGUCGCCCCGAAUUCUAUGAAGCACUGUUGUGGAUGCACCGAGUUGCCGGUUCCGGUCGAGCUACCUGCUGCAUAAUGGUCAGAGGCCGUGCCGACGAGUGAUCCUUUUUUUUGUAGCUCAGUCUGUGCUGCGAUGAACGUGCCGGACAAUGACCGACCCUUUUUGGAAAUGUGCAAUGUGCGCAGAAAGUUGCUGUGUCCUCCGGUCUAAGUUUGGCCGGCAGCUUUGGACUACCUGUUGCGCAGUGAUUGUUUUAUUAUUGUAAUUUAGUCUUCAAACGGACGCGCACAGCUUUGGGAUUUGUGCUUGCGCUGACAUUGAAGCCUCACAGUGUGACGGUUUCGACUUUCCGACGACUCAAAGCACAAAAUUUGUCCAAACCCCCUUGGAGUAUUGGGCGGAAUAACGAAAGUAACAAAAAAAAAGCAAUGAAGGACAAGCAUCCCGCACGUCAGGAGUUCUCGAUGUCGGCAUCUCUCUAUGACAGGGUGAAGCUGACAGUCGUUGCAGGCUGGGAGAUUUCGCUUGUUUACGGCCCAUAUUCCAUUAAUAAUGUUAGUGACCACCGUGACUGCACGUACUGUGAAAUCGGUCCGAGCCGGCUUCCUACAGCGCCACCCGGAUCGAAUGGCACAGAGCAAGUUUGUCGUCCAGCUUGCAGUUAGGUGCAGUUGCAGCCGGAAAGUCUUCGUACGCAUAUGGCACAAUCCUGGGCACGAACACUGGCGACAACAUUGCGCCACACCAGCGGGCGGUCCGCAUGGCACAUGUGCAGCACGUUCGUGCAACAAGCGCUGUGUCUUGGGCAUGCCUGCCACGGGCUUUGGCACCGAUUUCACGGUGGCCAGUGUAGGACGACGAACAUCACCGGUCCUUCCUGGUAAUGUUGAGGAAGAAAAAAAGAAAGAAACAUUUCGAAUCCCCGAACGUCCGUCACCAUGCUAACCGGUGGCCACGUGGUCCUGAUUGCUGUCUCAUUUGCAUAAGUACUCCCGGGACCGGGGGGUGAUGGUUAGCCCACACACUCGACGACAACGACGAUGACGACAGUGCGCACUCCGGAAGGGUGCAGUGACAUCGCGAGCGACCAACAGCGACGCUCAUUGUGGACUGAUGAAUAUUUAUUUACUAAAUAAAUCCCGCUGAGGUCUUCAGGGAGGAGGGUUUCUGCCUGGCGACAUUGGCUUAUCAGCGAUACGAUCUGCAACAAAUUGGCAUCCGUCAGCGCAGGCCCGUCCUGGGCGUUCCAAACCACUCACUGAGAACACACUCCUCCCCCCCCAGUGGGACAGGAAGUUCCCAGGCACGGCAUGGGUGACGAGUGCAUCUGUUUUUGGAAAGCAGCAAAAAAGCUGCAGUCCCGCUCCCGGGGACCACUUCAAAACUGCUUAGUUAUGCACUUCCGAUGGGCUUGAUGGCAAUCGAUCGAACGGGACACUCCAAACCAACCCGACGGAGCGCGCAAACGCGCUUGAAACGUUGGCCCACCCCGAUCGUUUGCUCACACAAAAAAAAAACCCCGGGCAGCCCAAAACCAACGCAAAAAAGUCAAGGCUCAACUCCGCGUCGAUUUGUGCUCGGGUUGGAAAUUACGCCAGGGCUCGGCACGCGGACGCAGAGUGCCACCCGCGUCGUGGCGUAAAGUAGGUGAUGGUGCGGAGUCGGUGUUGGCUUGCCGUUUUGUUUUUUUUUAUGUCGUUCUGUGGUACUAAACACGAUUGCCUGCACGGGCGCGAAUCGGGGCAUGCUAGAUUUUUGCUCUUAAUCAACGAUAAAGAACUUAACGACGAGGGCCCGAGAGCACCGAUUUACGAUCUCGUGCGAUGCGGGUGGUUAAGUUGGCGCGAUUUUCGUGCCGACCCUCGACAACACUGAAAUAUUGUCAAGGUCGCACAGUGGUCGCUGAUCUCAUCGUCACCGUAAGUUACCGACGUAUCAGUUUUAAUGCCAAAAUCAAACGCGUAUGUGUCGAUAUCCAUUUCAACCUGCUGGGCCGAUGGAUGAUCGAGUAGAUCACCACUCCUUCGAUACACAAGCGCACCUCCCGCAUAGUGAGCUUAAUCACGCCUGCAGGACCUUGAAAGAACACCUCCAAAAAACGGUAACUAAUCGAUGAAAAAUGAACUUUGCAGCGAAAUAGAUUGAAAGUGACAUGAUCUUGAUGAUGUGUUUCUUUUUUUUUUGGUUAAUUUUUGCACUCCCGCCUCGCCUGGUGCUAUGAUACUUUGCAUAAUUGAUUGACGAGAUAGGGCGCGUUUCGACAGGAGCAUGCACGAUUGGGUGCCCCAUUCACUGCGGGCUGCCCGUCUGGGUGCAGAGCCAUGUCCUUGUCGAAAUGUGAGUGCAGUGCGUACAUUGUACUUUUGUGUGAUCGACUAGAAAUAGAUCGCAGAUCGAACUGUCAUGUACAUUAUAAAAACGAUCAUUUGUCAUGCAAAAAAGAAAAAAAGAGUCUGAAGUCAUGUUUUUCGUGCCUCGUAGAGUUGAUUUCGGAGUUUGAGGGGAGCAAUAAUCCUUUACUAUUCAAAACUUAUUAAACCCAUACAUAAGCCAUCUUCAUCAGUAUUGUCACCUUGAAAAUACCAUCUGGUCGCUGGUAUUUGAUAAUGCUAGUCGUUCUUAGCUUAGAAGCAUGAAUCAAACAAUUCUGACGAAAAAUAGUGAAAAAUGAUUGCAUCCGUCAAUCAGUAGUUAAGCCACUUGAGCCAGGAGUCGUCUUGGCCCUUGUUUCCAUCCCAAUCCAUCACACUUGCAUGCCCUCCUGACAACCUCCGCGUAACACUAGCGCUGUCAACGGUCGCGUCCGCACCGGAAACGGCCUCAAGGAACGCGUGCGGGCUGCAUCCAUCACCCGUACGAAUGAUAGGGCCUGUCCCACCCGGAUUGGACCUCUGCGGCAACGAUCAUCAGCAAGAUACGCUCGUUUUGCUCUUUGCGCGUACUGUUGGCGCACGCGUCCGGCUUGCGAUAAGCAUGCUGCGACCGGACAACACACGAACGUCGUCUGUUUCGGGGUCGAUUGAUGGACACUCGCGGGAAGUUAUCUAGCCGGGCUGAAACCACUGACCUUCCUUUCUGGGGCUGCUGCGCGGUGCUCUGUCCAUGGGGGUUUUUGUUUUUGUUGCUGUUGUUGUGUGUAUGUAACUGUUAUAACUUUUUGUUGUUAAUUUAUGUUCUCCGCAGCAGCAACACACGCAUGGCGAAGCGGAUACGCGGUGAUGAGUUUUGGUGCGAUUUUGCCAUAAACGGAAGUAGAACCGUGGCGCGUGGUGUGUCCGGUUCAGCGGAAUCCUUCACGGGCCAGCGGAACUGGGAACCGUGGACGAAAAUAGUGCGCGUACCCCGGCGUCCCAUCGAAUCGUCGCGCGCAUGUGCACUUUAAUGCCGCAUCUACACGGUGAAGGGACGUUUUUUUGAUUAAUAGGCCCUGUUAUAAUGUGGGUUACAUGAAUAGCAUUGCGUGGUGGUGGAUCAUAUUUGGUUUGUUUUCUCAGCGCUGACUGAUUGUGAUCGGUGGCGUGUUGUGUGAAGGGCAGUCCGCUUCACCUACCGUCCGAUUCAGCGGGGUAUGUUCUAAUCGAGCACGAUCCCCUGCAAUCAUGGACGUGGUGCUAAAACUAAUCAGAAAAAGGAAGCUUUAUUGAAUUGGCUAUUUUUGGUAAACAUCAACUCUUCUAGAUGGUUUUUAUGUAUACAUGUUAGGAAAACGAUGCCAUUCUUUGAUUUAUAUAUUGAUCAAAAAGAAAUCGUGAACCGCUCUACGUAAACACGACACGAGUAUUCGAUUUGAAACAAAGGAUCCGUUUGUAGACGUUAAUACGCAAACGUUUCAGCUUAGAAUUUGGAAAUAAACAAAACUCCCGAAAUUGAGCUAGAUGAUCAAUAUAAACAACUUUCCGUUACUUCCUUCAAGAGAAGUACACACAACAACUUGGGUGGUUGUCCCACAAAUUAUUAUGUAAAUAAAGAAACUGCAACAAAUUUGCUCUGACAUGAAAGUCUUUGCAUGAUUUGCCUUGUUGAACAGUUGGUGAGCUCCUGCAAGGUCCCAACUUGAACACUGUUUGCAGUGCUAAUAAACAGUUGAGUUGAGCGAUAUGCUAAAGAACUAACGCCUGAAAUUUCGCUUCGCUCAGUGAGUUGUGUGCUUGUUCGUGAAAUCGUCCCCGGAUAAUCGGCUUAAUCAUAUCAAUCAAACACUAUUUCCCUGCAGAUGAUGUAAACUUCAUAAUGAAACAGUUUCUGCGGCGAAAGUUGUAUUACGCUUGUGAACUGUCACCAUUUCAUCACAACAUGACCGAAAACAGCCGCUUGUCCGUCGAAGAAAUAGAUCAAACAGCAGUGUUGGUAGCACAACUUGCACAUUUGUACAUGACCGCCGACAAUGCGGACGUCACCUUUAUCGUGCAGGGUGAAUAUCUUCCAGCGCAUCGGAAUAUCCUGGCGGCAAGGAGUGAAUACUUUCGGGCUUUGUUGUAUGGUGGAUUGAAGGAGUCAAAGCAGAAUGAGAUUUCAAUGGAUGUUCUUGUAGAAGCAUUCAAGUAUCUGAUGACGUAUAUCUACACAGGCUGUUUGUCACCGAAACAAGUGAACCAUGAUGACUUAUUAGACAUACUCAAAUUAGCCCAUCAAUACCAAUUUAUCGACUUACAGAAGGCUAUUUCGGAUUACCUGUGCAAAGUGAUUUGCUUAGACAAUGUUUGCGCUACAUUAGAUACGGGCCGUUUGUUGAAUCUACCCGAUUUAGCUUCUGCAUGCUACACCUUUAUGGAGGUGAACUCAGAUAGCAUCAUAAAGCAGCAAAUGUUUCGUACAAUCUCCCAUGACAUCCUGAGCACCUUACUCGAGCGGAGCACGUUUUAUGCUCCGGAGGUAAAGCUAUUUCAAGCCGUCCUUGAUUGGUGCCGAUACAAUUCAGAACAAGGGAAUCAAUCCGAAGAGCUGUUCAACAAGAUAUGCUUUACGCUGAUGUCUCGGGAUGAUCUGCUGAAUGUGGUGCGGAGUGCUAAUGUGCUCAGCCAGAGCCGUCUACUGGAUAUACUGGCUGAGAAAGAAAGGUUAAUAAAGUUGCCUUAUCGUGCAACACCCUUGUUAGAGCUGACUAUAACAAUGAAUGGGAUUACAUGGUACAAUUCGUCCUCGGCUUCAAUAAUGGGAGAGCUUGAUUUGGGUAAACAUUUCCAAGCCAACAGCAUUCGAGUGGAAUUAUAACCACACCAUUAUCAUCGAAUAAAGCCUGUCAUACAAGUUUCAUCCGAUAAGCAGCGUUGGAGCAAAGGUGUCGAAUGUGGAGUAUCCUCUAAACAUGAGAUCGUAGCCCAUUUUCCCAUUAUGGCUCUUCGUUUUAUUCAUAUGUUACAUAAAAUAUGUUACAUAUGUGAUUGGUUUGUCCUUUUGGUUUGCGCUUUUGGAGAUCAAUUACAAUAGAUAGAACAUUGUACGGUCAAAUGUAAAGGAACAUCAACAAAUCGAUUUAUAUCUAUUGAAUCAGAACCAAUUUCAGGGUAUUCUUUAAAACGUGAAAUUGUAUGAAACUUUGUAAUUGACGUAUAAAAUGAAGUUUUAUAAGACAAAUCAAGACUCUCAAGAAUCUCAUAAUUAAGCAUAAAAAAAAUUAAGAUCAUGAUGUAACGAUCAGUCUUUUAAAAGGAUUCUUACUCUGUGUUGUAAUAUUUUUCACAUUAAUUCUGUUAAAUUUUUUCUCAAAUAAAUCUGUCUCUUCGUAGCUAA